AUGAUGGGCAUCGCUAGCAAAAACCCAGGUUUCAAGUUCCAUCUCUUCUCCUUCCUCUUCACUUUCUCCUCUCUUGCUCUGUUUUGCUCUGCUGCCAGUUCAAUUACGCAAGGCCGAUCUUUAAGAGAUGGAGAGACUCUUAUUUCUGACGGCAAAAAGUUCGAACUGGGAUUCUUCAGCCCGGAGAAUUCACCGUACCGGUACGUUGGGAUUUGGUAUUACAACAUUGCAACUUCAGAGCCAUCAGUCAUAUGGGUUGCAAACAGAGAAAGGCCAAUUUUUGAUAAACUUGGGAUCUUGAAAAUUGGAAGCAAUGGGAAUGUGGUGGUUUUAGAUGGAAAUAACACCGCAGUCUGGUCUAGCAAUGCUUCAGCCUCCUCUAACUCCACAGCCAUACUCAAUGAUGAAGGAAAUCUUGUUCUUUCAAACAGCGGCGAUACCAGCAAGCAGUAUUGGCAGAGCUUUGCUGACCCAACAAAUACAUUUUUGCCUGGCAUGAAAGUUGAGGUGAAUUCUGCAAUUGGAGAGAACAGGUUUUUGACUUCAUGGAAGUCAGAAAAUGAUCCAUCUCCAGGAGCGUAUUCGAUGGGCGUUGAUCCACGCGGAUCACCGCAGAUAGUGAUAUGGGAAGGAUCAAAUAGGCGGUGGAGAAGUGGCCAUUGGAACAAGCAGUUGUUUAUUGGUGUUCCAAAUAUGCCAACUACAUACUCAUAUGGUUUUAAGCUUAGUGAUGAGAAUGGGAAUGGAAGCAUGUAUUUUACUUACACACCAUGGAAUGUUUCGGCUAAGUUGAGGUUUCAGAUAAGGUGGGAUGGUUAUGAAGAGCAGCUUAUGUGGGUGGGAGAUAAAAACCAGUGGGAAGUGAUACAGUCUCAGCCUAACAAGUCCAAUGACUGUGAGCUUUACAACAGGUGUGGCAAGUUUGGGGUCUGUAGUGCAUCGCAUGGUUCUGGUUCGGAGUGUAGUUGUAUGCAUGGAUUUCAACCAACAGAUUGGGAUCAAUGGAUUAGGAGAAAUUGGUCAGAUGGGUGUUCUAGGAAGACGCCGUUACAGUGUCAUAGAAACAGAACAAUUGGAACAGAGGAAAAUGAUGAAGAAGAUGGGUUUGUAGGUCUAAGGUGUGCCAAGUUGCCUGAUUUUGCAGACUUAGUUGUUCCUUUUUCAGAUGAGAAUUGUGAGGAGAUUUGUCUUAAGAAUUGUUCUUGUACUGCAUAUGCAUUUGUUCAAGGGAUUGGUUGUAUGAUAUGGACCAAGGACUUGCUGGAUGUCCAAAAAUUUACGAAGGGGGGAAAUACGUUGAACAUUCGUCUUGCGCAUUCUGAUUUAGGUGGGAAGAAGAAAUUAUCCACCCUUGUGAUAAUAGUAAUUUCUGUUGCGGGAGCACUCUUCUUAGUCAUCUUCAUGUUGCUAUUAUGGAGGUUUAAAGCAAAACUGAAAGUGUUGCCUACCACUUCUUCCAUUUCAUGGUUGAGGAACAACAAUCCACCAAUGCUUGAUGCUAGCAAGAGCAAUGAAUUCUCAACAGAUGUUUCAGGGUCAAUUGACCUUUUUGCAGAAGGGAAUCAAGUAAAUGGAUCUGAGUUACCAUUGUUCAAUUUCACUUGUGUAGCAGCUGCUACAAACAACUUCUCUGAAGAAAACAAACUUGGGAAGGGCGGUUUUGGUACCGUCUACAAGGGCAACCUUCCAGGGCUACAAGAAGUAGCUAUAAAAAGACUUUCGAGAAGGUCUGGCCAAGGCUUGGAGGAGUUUAAAAAUGAGAUUAGUCUGAUUGCUAAGUUACAACACAGGAAUCUUGUUAGACUAUUAGGAUGCUGCAUUCAAGGAGAAGAAAAGAUGCUGCUUUAUGAAUUCAUGCCAAACAAAAGCUUGGAUUUCUUUCUUUUCAAUCCGUCCAAGCAAGCAUUACUGGAUUGGAGAAAACGCUUUGCAAUUAUUGAAGGGAUUGCAAGAGGGCUCCUUUAUCUCCAUAGAGAUUCCAGACUUAGAAUAAUUCAUCGAGACCUAAAAGCUAGCAACAUUUUGCUAGAUGAAGAUAUGAUUCCCAAAAUUUCAGACUUUGGUAUGGCAAGAAUAUUCGGGGGGAACCAAAAUGAAGCAAAUACAACCAGAGUUGUUGGAACAUAUGGUUAUAUGUCACCUGAAUAUGCAAUGGAAGGUCUGUUUUCUGUAAAGUCAGAUGUCUACAGCUUUGGGGUACUAUUGCUAGAGAUUGUGAGUGGCCGGAGGAACACUAGUUUACGCUCAUCAGAACACCUAAGCCUCAUUGGAUUUGCAUGGCAUCUUUGGAAUGAGAAUAGAGCAGUGGACCUCAUUGAUCCUUCCAUUGCAGAAACAUGUUCCCAAAAUCAAGCUGAAUUAUUGCGAUGCAUACAAGUAGGGCUAUUGUGUGUGCAAGACUCUGCAAUUUUUAGACCAACUAUGCCGUCCGUGGUGUUAAUGUUGGAGAGUGAAACUGCAAAUCUUCAAGUGCCAAUACAACCUAUAUUUACUUCAAUUAGGAGAUACGUGGAUACAAAAUUUAGUACAGACGGCCAGGAUUUAGCAUCCUCAAAUGAUGUCACAAUUACAAUGGUAGAUGGGAGCUUGCUUCUGUCACAGCACCAUUGUGCUGAAGUUUAUGACAUAACUCCUUCACAACCAUUAUCACAGGGACAAAACCUCGUCUCUCCUGGCCACACUUUUGAACUGGGUUUCUUCAGUCCUAAUAACUCGGCUAAUAAGUAUGUGGGGAUAUGGCACAAGUAUAUAUUUCCUCGUAAAGUUGUAUGGGUGGCCAACAGAGAAAAUCCUAUUGCAGCUUCAGACACCUUGGCUAGUUUGACAAUUAGCAGCGGUGGGAAUUUGGAGCUUGUAGAUGGCAAACAGAAAUCUGUUUGGUCAACCAAUAUUUCAGUGCCAUCUAAUACUUCAGCUGCAGUUCUUUUAGACACUGGAAACUUUGUUGUCAAAGAUGAUGGUAUAGCAGCUGCUGAUCCAUUGUGGCAGAGUUUUGAUCAUCCUAGUGAUACAAUUCUACCAGGCAUGAUGGUUGGAUUUGAUACUAAAUCUGGGAAGAAGAAUUUAUUCACUGCAUGGAAAAGUGAGAGUGAUCCAUCAGCUGGGAUAUUCUCUGCUGGACUUGGACCCCAGACUCCAUCACAAGUGUUCAUUUGGAUUAAUGAAUCAACUCCCUACUGGAAAUCUGGGCCAUGGGAUAAAUCGAAGUUCAUUGGUGUACCAGAAAUGGAUGAUCGAUAUCUAAGUGGAUUUACUCUAGUUGAGGACGUGCAGCAGGGAACAAAGUAUUUUUCUUAUAAGUUAUCUGACGGUACUCUCUCAUAUCUAGACCUCUCUUAUGAAGGAGUGCUUACGUUUAUGGUUUCAGACAAUGGCAGCAACUGGUUUCGUGACUGGGAGGCACCAGCGAAUCCAUGUGAAAUUUAUGGAACAUGUGGACUUUUUGGGGUUUGCAAAGCUUCCAAAUCUCCAACUCCAACUUGCAAGUGUUUGAAAGGUUUUGCACCCAAGUCACAUGAGGAAUGGAGCAAGGGAAACAGGACAGGAGGGUGUGUGAGGCAAACCAAAUUGUUUUGUAACACCAGUAAUUCAGUUGUUUCAAGUGGAAAAGAAGACGGGUUUCGGCAGGUGGAAAGGUUAAAUGUGCCAGAUUUUCAUGAGUAUAUUGCAGAUAUGGAUGUUGAUGAGUGCAAGAUAGAAUGCCUAAAGAAUUGUUCUUGUCUGGCUUAUGCAUAUGUUACUAAUAUAGGGUGUUUGGUCUGGUCCGAAGACCUUAUUGAUAUACAAGACUUUGCCUCUGGCGGAUCAGAGCUUUUUAUUCGCCUAGCUCAUGGAGAAUUAGGUGAAGGAAAGCCAAUAAAGUUAAUUGUUAGCCUCACAGCCAUUUGCUUUAUCGUUAUCUUGGGUGCCAUAGUCUUCUGUGUGCACAGGUUGCGAGCGAAACAAAGGGGAAAAAUCAAAGUCAAAACAAAGUUCUUUCAAUUCUCUGAUGUGAAUGAGAAUUCAAGAGAGAAUCUUCAAGAGUAUAUAAGAAAACAUGAUCCAUCAGAGCUAUUCAUCUAUGAUUUUGACAGCAUAUUAAUUGCAACGAACAAUUUCAGCAUCACAAACAAACUCGGGGAAGGAGGAUUUGGCCCUGUUUACAAGGGUAAGCUACAAGAAGGGAAGGAAAUAGCAGUUAAAAGACUAUCAAGUAGCUCAGGGCAAGGCAUACAAGAGUUCAAGAAUGAGGUGCUGUUGAUAUCCAAACUCCAACAUAAAAAUCUUGUUAGGAUCAUGGGAUGCUGCGUCCAAGAGGACGAGAAGUUACUGAUUUAUGAGUUCAUGCCAAACAGAAGCUUGGAUACUCUUCUAUUCGAUCCAGUGCGGAGACCUGAGCUUGAUUGGGGCAGACGCUUCAAUAUUAUUCAGGGUGUUGCUAGAGGGCUUCUUUAUCUCCACCAUGACUCCUAUUUGAAGGUAAUACAUAGAGAUUUGAAGGUCAGUAACAUUCUCCUGGAUGAGAACAUGAACCCAAAAAUUUCAGAUUUUGGAUUGGCACGUAUCGUUCAAGGGACACAGAAUUUAACAAAUACUCAGAAGGUUGUGGGAACACUUGGCUACAUGUCUCCGGAGUAUGCCAUGGGCGGGAUAUUUUCUGAAAAGUCUGAUGUCUAUAGCCUCGGGGUCAUGAUAUUGGAGAUUAUUAGCGGCAGGAAGAACACCAGCUUCUAUUACUAUGAACAACAUCUAAGUUUCCUAGCUUAUGCAUGGCACUCAUGGAAUGAAGGCAGGGGAUUGGAGUUGGUUGAUGAAAUAUUGGCAGAUUCAUAUUCCUCAUCAGAAGUGAUGAGAUGUAUGCACAUUGGGCUUCUUUGUAUACAAGACAAUGCUGCAGAUAGGCCAACCAUGCCAGAUGUAGUUUUCAUGCUAAGUAGCGAGACAGAUCGUCGACAACCAAAGGAGCCAAUAUUUACCUUCCAAAAUUCAGUCUCUGGUCCUCAACCACAAUCUGAAAUUAUUUCCUCAGCAAAUGAAGCUACCAUGUCAAUGAUCCAAGGACGAUAA